UUGACGCACAGCAUCGCUGUUAGCGGUGGUGGGAUUCAGUGUGGCAGCAGAGGGGAAGGAAGCAAAUCUGGGGAUAUCUGGGUGAAGGGGAGUCGGUGAAAACCCCCGGACUUAAACCGGCAGUGAAUCCCGACGAAUCCCGAUUGUUUUCCCAGCGCGGGCUUCUCUCCCGGCGGACACCGCUCCUCUACCCGUGUGUCCCCGCAGCUGGCUGCGCUUUUCUCCUCCCAGGAUCCGCACAGGUGGUUGAACUCUGUGCUGUGCUGGAGCUGGACUGAGCUGCUGUUAGCAGACCAAAGAUGGAGCAGUUGUCAGAUGAGGAGGUGGAGGUCAGGGAGGAAGAGGACGAGGAAGAGGAGGACAGUGACAAGGAAGACCAGGACCUGGACAAGAUGUUUGGAGCCUGGCUGGGAGAGCUGGACAAGCUCACACAGAGUCUGGAUGACGGUCGCCCAGAGCAGCCUCCUCAGCAGAAAGCUCCUCUCAGACAGGAGACCAACAUGGCCAACUUCUCCUACAGAUUCUCCAUCUACAACAUCAACGAGGCGUUAAAUCAGGGCGAGAACGUGGAUCUGGACGCUCUCAUGGCCGACCUCUGCUCCAUCGAACAGGAACUCAGCACUGUCAACGCCAAGCCGAACAGCGCCGGCAGUUUGGCUCGUCUGGGGCUGACCGACACCAAGGUGCGUCAGAAGCCUCCCGCAGGCCGCAGUGGCAGGCAGCAGCCAGCAGGGAGCGGCAGCAACGGCGGCAGUGGAGCUGGCAGCAGCAAUAACAGCGUGAGCGGCGGCGGCGGGGGCAGCAGCGGCGCCAGCAGCAGCAGCAGCAGCACCAGGGCGUCGCCUGCCGGCACUAUCAGAGCUCCCGCCGGGAAUCAUGGGAGACCGGCGCUGGCCUCUAACUUCAGCCUGGACGACAUCACCGCACAGCUGGAGAAGGCGUCUCUCAGCAUGGACGAAGCUGCUCGUCAAACCUCGUCUCACUCCCUCAGCUCCGCCUCCACGUACACGUCGGCCACGAUGCGGCGACCGGGGACCUCGCAGCGGCAGCAUCGGCGCACGGGGUCGGUCGGCACGGUCAGCGAACACGAGGCGCGUUCCAUCGUCCACUCGUCUCGCUCCUCCGUCACGUCGGCGUCCGGCGUCUCCGUGAACUCCGCCUCGUCCAUGGACUCGCUGGACAGCGUCCUGCGCUCCAGUGAUUCUGACGGUCAGCAGGUGUCGCUACAGGCCGAGGGCGCUCGUCCAGGUCAUCACAGCACAGAGCACUCCUAUCUGGACAGGGAAACCUCUCUGAUUCUGAGAAACAUAGCAGGAAAACCCUCCCACCUGCUGACAAAGGUGACACCUCGUUCACUACUGCAUGCCUCACCCUCCCCUCCUCUCCUCUCUCCUCUUCUCUCGCAUGUCACCCUCUACUCUCCCACUUUUACUUGCUGCUGAGGUUCGUUUAGGAUUUUUUUUAAAAAACCUGGGUGAAGCCGUUAAAAAAGGCGGUUAAUACCAUUCCAACUUCCUGUGGUGUUUUUACCUGUGCAUGAAUUGUGAUGUCAUGGAUUUAUUGGGAAAAGAAAAACAGCAA